AUGCUUACCAGUCCCGAUGGCUUCGAAUAUCAGCCUCUCGACACUGACGGCUCGGUCAUUCGUCUAUUGCGACUCGGUCGUGGCCGUGACCUUUCCGUGAUACAGUGUACGCUCAAACACGUCUCUCUAGUCGGAGCAAAUCAGAUGCCCUACGAAGCCUUGUCAUACACUUGGGGCGGCAAGCUCAGGAGCGUGCGUAUUGAGGUCAACGGAGUACCUCACAUGGUAACCUACAAUCUCGCAAAGGCCCUUACGCAUCUACGAUAUACCGAUCAGAAACGACUUGAUCAGGUCCAGCUCAUGAAGCGGAUCUUUAACCAAGCUGAUCAAGUCAUCUUCUGGCUAGGCGACGCAAACCGCGAUACCAACAUUCUGUUCAACUCACUAAACCAGCUGCUUAUGGAAAGCACCAAGAGAUACUCUCAAACCUAUCUAGACGAAGGGGAGUGGAGAGAAAUAUGGCAAGAGCUUCAAUAUAAGCGAGUUGUAGGACAUAGCGAACCAUAUUUGACACUGCGACAAACGUCUGGCCUUAGGACUCUAUUUGAUCAACCGUGGUUCAACAGGAUGUGGUUCAUACGAGAAGUUGUGUUAGCACGCACAGCUGAGGUUUGUUGCGGCUACAAAUCAACACCUGCUCGUAUCUUUGCCCUCGCGCCCGUGGUACUUGGUAUUUGGACUAGCCGAUCCGUGAUACUUGACAUCAUGCCAGGGUCAUCUACAGUGAAUCAGUGGUGGGUACCAAAUUGA